AGGACAAGCGUUUCAGCGGCUCCGUCAAGCUGCCACACGCCCGCGCCCCAAGAUGAGGGUCUGCAUGCUCGGUGACGCGCAGCAUGUGGGAGAGGCUGAGAAGAUUGGUCUUGAUUCCAUGGAUGUUGAAGCUCUUAAGAAGAUGAACAAGAACAAGAAGCUUGUAAAGAGGCUCGCCAAGAAAUACCAUGCUUUCUUGGCCUCAGAGGCUAUUAUCAAGCAGAUUCCCCGUCUCCUUGGUCCUGGUCUCAACAAGGCAGGCAAGUUCCCAACCCUGGUUUCUCACUCAGAGUCUCUGGAAGCCAAGGUGAACGAGACGAAGGCCACCAUCAAGUUCCAACUGAAGAAGGUGCUGUGCAUGGGUGUGGCGGUGGGCAACCUGUCGAUGGAGGAGAAGCAGAUCCAGCAGAACAUCCAGAUGAGUGUCAACUUCUUGGUGUCCCUGCUCAAGAAGAACUGGCAGAAUGUGAGGUGCCUGUACAUCAAGAGCACCAUGGGGAAGCCUGCACGGGUGUUCUAAGCCUGUUCCCUUGCCGUCUAUAUCGAUACUAUCUUAGCGGACUUCCUUGUUUUUGCAUUUCGUGGUUUAUCAUCAUCAUAAUUUUGAGUGUGUACUGGUCCUGCUGAAUGUGAUGAGAGAAUUUAGUAGCCUUUUUCAUUGUACAAGGUGUCGUGAACUUUGUGCUCGUCAAGAUCGCUAAUGAUAGAAUCUGCUAUAUAUGUUGUGUAUGCAGUUGUACCCGGAGCCAUUUGUGCACGAUGCUGCUCGUUUCUCUGGUUUUGUGUUACCCUACUAUAUUUUUGGCUGUUGCAUUUAAGAAUGCAGCUGAUAUUUACAUGUACUGUUCUGA